AUGACCAACGAGGAGACUAGACCGCUGCUCAUCAAAGUAAAUCCUUCUUGGAAUCGAAGAUCCAACUUGACCUCUGCAUCCACCCCUCCUGUGGAUAACAGCAGCAGACAGACUGUUCCCGAAGCCACCGGCGAGGAUGUGCUGCACAUUUCUAGACUUCUGAAUGGAGACACAGACAGCUCUUGGAAGAUCAACUUGCCGCUGGGUGCCAUUUUGAUUUCUGUUGUGUUUGAAAGAAUGGUCUUCUAUGGUGUUGUGGGAAACCUGGUCGUGUUUUUGAAUUUGAAGCCGUUCAGCUGGAAAAUUUACCACGCUGUUUGUGCAACAUUCUUCUUCUUUGGCAUCACUUACAUCAUGUCCCUGUUUGGAGGCUGGAUUUCAGAUUCAGUUUUGGGCCGUUUCAGAACCAUUCUUUUGGCCUAUGUGAUUUAUCUGUGUGGUUAUAUUCUGCUGCCUUUUCUAGCCGUGUCUACGGACACUCAGCAUACGCAGCUGCCACCUAUCUGUAAUACGUCAUUAGGAAACUCAAAUGUGACUAUGUUCGGGGAGUCGUGCGCCUGGCUGAUUUUCAUAAUUCUGAUACUGGUUGCCAUCGCAGCGGGUAUGCUGAAAGCUAACAUCUGCCCAUUUGGUUCUGAUCAGCUGAUUCGAGCCAGCCAGCAAACCCAGCUCAGCUUCUUUAACUGGUUCUACUGGUGCAUCAACAUUGGCAGUUUCCUGGGACUUGGCAUUAUAGCUUAUGUGGAACAGCGAUACCAGUUUCUCUAUGGGUUUAUCAUCUGCUGUAUCUGUGUGGGCAUCUCUGCCACCAUCUUCCUCGCAGGUAGUCCCUACUAUCUCUGCCGACCACCUGAUGGUAGUGUCCUCACAAACAUAUUCAGGAUAAUGAGAGAAGCUUUUCGCAACAGACGAGAAUAUCUGAAACUACAGCAGAGUGUUAAAAACUCAGACAGCUCUUACCCAGAUGCUGAUAAAGCUCACGUACCUGAGAGAAAAAUAAAAUUCCUGGAUUACGCCAAACGUCGUUAUGGGGGCGUGUUCCACAACUCUCUAGUUGAUGAUGUCAGGAAGUUGGGAAUGAUCCUGGCAGUUUUUGCUGUGAUGGUGCCCUACUGGCUUGUGUAUUUUCAGAUGCAGACAACAUUCAUGUUUCAAGGACUCAACAUGAGACUGUUCUUUGGAGGUGGGCCAGUGAAUCAGUCAGCAGCAGACAACAGCACUGACCAGGUUAACCAUCCACAAUUGGCUGUGGCGUGGUUUUCUCUGUGCGAUGCUGUUUUUGUAAUCAUUCUUCUGCCAUUAUUUGACCGGAUAAUUUAUCCACGGAUGUCCAGAGCUGGCUACCAUUUCACAUUUGCCAAGCGGAUGGUUCUGGGGAUGUUGUUUGCUGCGGCCGCCAUGGUGGCUGCAGGAAUUGUGGAACAGUUCCGGUGGAAGGCCCUGCAUCCGGACAAAAAUGAAACUUGCUAUCAGAAAUACAUUCCUCAACAAAUAGGAAACACCCUGUACCAUGCAGCAGACAUGACAGUUCUGUGGCAGAUCCCUCAGUAUACCCUGAUUGGAUUCAGUGAAGUCUUUGCUAGUGUUGCAUGUCUGCAGUUUGCUGUCAUGGUGGCCCCCAAGUCCAUGAAAGCAGCAGUUACUGGCUUAUACUACUUCUUCUGUGGAUUUGGCAGCUUUUUGGGCUUUUCCUUGGUUGCCAUACUCUCCAAGCUAGGACUGUGGUUCCCAAAUGGAAAGAACAGCAACAUGAAUUGUUGGAAACCAUGCGACCAGACCUUAAACGGUACACAAACUGGCAGCUCUCCACAUGAGUGCCACUUUGACUAUUAUUUUUAUUUCCUGGCAGGAUUUGAAGGUCUCGGUUUAAUAUUGUUUUUCAUUGUGACCAGGAUUUACAAUUUGAAUAUUGAUGAGUUGACAUUCCAAGCCAAGUUGGAAAAUGAGAGAAGGAUUCAAGCAGAUUCCAGCAAGCGUGUGGAGCGUCCGUAA